AUGAAGCCAUCAGUUCUAGAAGAUAACUAUAAGAAAGUGUCCUCUGUUCCAAAAGAUAACUACUACAAGGCACCCACAGUGUCUAAACCAGAAUACAAGGUGCCAUCUUUGCCAAAGAAUGACUACUACAAGAAACCAUAUGCUCCAGAAUAUAACUACAAGAAUGUGCCAUCUCUUCCAAAAGAUAACUACUAUAAGGCUCCUUCAAUGCUUAAACAGGAGUACAAGGUGCCUUCUUUGCCAAAGAAUGACUACUACAAGAAACCAUCACUUCCAAAAGAUAACUACUACAAGGCACCCUCAACGCCUAAACAGGAAAACAAGGUGCCAUCUGUAUCAAAGAAUGACUACUACAAAAAGCCAUCAGUUCCAAAGAAUAACUACAAAGUGCCAUCUAUUCUAAUGGAUUGUGAGCACCUAAUUUUUGACCAUGUUUAA